AUGACCCACAUUGCUGCCAAGGCGCACAUGGGCUUCUACAAUGUCACAAGCAUCAAGUAUGGCCUGAGGUUCGAGAUCACCAACUUAUCGGCUGUCAUGUACGGAAUUCAUUUGAGUGAAGAUGGCAUGUCACACGAAACACCCAACAACACGCACGACAUCGAACCCCUGAAGCCAUGCACUGAUUAUAAACACCGAGUUGAAUAUUUUUCAAUUGAUGACAAAUGGAAGGCUUGUGAAUUCAUCAAUGGCAAUCCGUUGACCUCUACAAAAGACAUAAGUACAGAUGACAUCACUUUUGACAGAUGCACCAGAGGCUGUCUUUCGCUCUCCACUGGUUGGAAUAUCACAUCGUCCCUGAAACUCCCCCCAAAUGCCAUUUUUGAUCAAUGUAAUAAUAGACUGUGCAUCAGACCAGCCUACAAUGACAUUUGCUCAAAUUUCACAACAUACUUGACUUGUAGGAAUAAUUCCCAUAAUUUAACAGAGUUCAUCAGUUCGGAUUUCCUGUCUGGAUUUGCAGAUCUAAAUUCAAUACAACAGAAAGUCUCUUAUAAACUUCCUGCAAAUAUCACAACUGUUUUACCUCCAAAAUGCAGCAAUCUCACUGUUGAUUACUCCUGUCUAGAAGGAAAAAACCCCACGAAUGUGUCUGACCUGGAACCCUUCACAAAUUACUCCUGCACUGGUUGCAUAAGGGAGAAUGAUGUCAUCAGAGCAAACCUGUCAACGAUCUUCGUCAGGGUUGACUGCGAUCUUAAAAUCCGAAGUGUGGUAUCAGACAUAAAGGAAAACGCCAUUGAAAUGACAUGGAGAACAACAAGUGAAAAUUGCACAGACAUCAUAUCCCAACUUGAUCACCUAUCAUAUGAAUGUAAAUGUGUGUUUCAAACAUCGAAUAAGGUCCAAGGUGUCGGUAUGGCGGGGAAACUAAACGAGACACAUGUUGGUUGUGCUGUUCGAAACCUGAAUCCUUACACUAAAUAUUAUUGUGACAUCCAACCCAAGUACCGGGAUUCAAAAGUCGGGCAAGCUAAUAAACAUGACAUCGAAACUAAAAUUGGAGUGCCAGAAGACACCACCGAUAAGGACAUAACUUUUCCAGAAAACAAUAUAAUCAAAGUGACCUGUAAACAUUCUAAUCGGUUUAAUGGACCCUUGAAGAUUUUCAAAGCAACACUUUAUCAUGGUAAAGAACCUUUGGAAAUAAAAACAAAUCCCAGCUGCGAAUUUAUUUUCAAAGACCUGAGCUACUCUACAUCAUACCAACUGGAGGUGCUUGCAUUCAACGGUCAUUUCCCCAGUGCAGCCCUGAAAGAAACUGUAUCAACUCAUUACAAUGACAAAGCUCUUACAGGGUUUCUUGUCUUCCUCAUCGUUUUCACAUCCGUGGCACUGCUUGUGGUCAUCUACAAGAUCUACACAGUCAGACGAAAAAGGUUCCAAGACAUGAGUGAUUCUUAUCCUCUUCUCAUGGCCAAUGCAACUUCUGUAGAGCCGAUCGAAGCUGACGUCUUGCUGGAAGCGUACAAAAGGAAACUUGCUGACGAGGGACGCCUUUUCCUGGAUGAGUUUCAGAGCAUCCCCAAAUUUCUUACUCGCUACACCGUCAAGGAAGCCAAAAAAAACUGCAAUGUCUCCAAAAACCGUUACGGGGACAUCCUACCAUAUGAUUACAACCGAGUUCAGCUGAGCACAGGAAACGGAGAGGCAGGGUGCGACUACAUCAACGCCAGCUUCAUUGAUGGCUACAAAGAAUCCAAGAAGUACAUUGCGGCUCAAGGCCCAAAGGAGGAAACUGUGUGUGAUUUCUGGAGGAUGAUCUGGGAACAACGGUCUACUAUCAUUGUCAUGUUGACACGCUGUGAAGAAGGAAACAAGAACAAAUGUGUGCAGUACUGGCCUUCCAUCGACCGCGAGACAGAGAUUUUUGAGGAGUUUGUUGUCAAACUCAAUUCAGAGGAUCACUUCCCUGAUUAUUCUAUCCGCCAUCUUAACCUGACUAAUAGGAAAGAAAACUCUGAGCGUGAGGUGGCCCACAUCCAGUUCAUCAGUUGGCCUGACCACGGCGUCCCAGAGGAUCCCCACCUCCUCUUGAAGCUCAGACGUCGUGUUAACACCUUUAAAAAUGUUUUUAGUGGGCCCAUUGUUAUCCACUGCAGUGCUGGAGUGGGCAGGACAGGCACCUACAUGGGAAUUGACGCCAUGAUGGAGUGUCUGGAAGCUGAGGGCAAAGUGGAUGUCUACGGAUAUGUUUUCAAACUCCGCAAACACCGAUGUCUCAUGGUUCAAGUCGAGGCCCAAUACAUCCUGAUUCACCAGGCCUUGUUGGAGCACAACCAGUUUGGAGAAACCGAGAUUUCACUUUCGGAGCUCCAUAAUGCGCUGAACACGCUUAAAGAGAACAACUACGCAAAUGAACCAACAUUACUGUUGGACGAAUUUGAAAGACUGCCCACCUACAAUAAGUGGAAGACAUUCAAUGCUGGGAUCACAGAAGAAAACAAAAAAAAGAAUCGCUGUUCAUCCAUCAUCCCAUAUGACUACAACAGAGUGUUACUAAUGGCGGAUGAAAGAUGGAGUCAGGAUAGCAUCCAAGAUGAAGAUCAUGAGGGGGAGUCAUUUGAAAGUGAAGAUGAUGAGGAGACCACUAAAUACAUCAACGCCUCCAACAUUCAUGGAUACUGGGGCCCUCGGCGCUUGAUUGCGGCACAGACUCCUCUUGUAGACACCGUUGCUGACUUUUGGUUGAUGGUUUUCCAGAAAAAAGUAUCCACCAUAGUCAUGCUGUCAGGCGGUAAUGCUGAUGAAAAGGAAUCUGCAUAUUGGGAUAAGGAGAAUACUUUUGGAGAUAUUGAGGUAGAGGUGACAUCAACAGAUGUCUCUCCAAAUGUGAUCAACCGUAACAUGCUGAUUCGUCACGUCAAGAGGAAAGAAAGUCGCACAGUGACACAUGUCCAGUUCAUGAAGUGGGUCGAUAGCGAGCUGCCAGAGAAAGCUCAAGACCUAACUGACAUGAUCAAAGAGGUCAAGCGAACUUGUGAUUGCGGCAAGAAACAAAAAGGACCUCCAGUUUUAGUCCACUGCAGUGAUGGCUCAACCCGCUGCGGUGUUUUCUGCGCUCUGUGGAACCUGCUGGACAGCGCUGAGACUGAAAAAGUAGUGGACGUUUUCCACGUGUCCCGAACCAUGCGGAAGGAGCGACAGGGCAUGAUUGCAAGUUUGGAGCAGUAUGAGUUCUUGUAUAAUGCACUGGAUGGGGUCUAUCCUGUUCAGAAUGGAGAUGUGAAAGCAGUCCUGGCCUCUGAAGUGGAUUCUGUCCACAUGGUCAAUGAAACCAUAACAGCCCAGCAAACUGAAGAUGGAGCCUGCACUCCUGUGAUGGACCAGGAGGAGGCUGCAGAGAGCGACGCUCUUGUGGCUAAGGAAGGGCAAGGGGAAAAAAAGGAGGCAGAAAAAUUAUCCAGCAUUCUCACAGAGACGCCAUUUGAGGACGGCUCCUCUCGGGAGGUCUGA